CCCUGGCUGGAUUACUUCUUCAUCCGCACUUUUCACUACCACAACUCCGCCAUGGUCGAUCCCAUCAAGCAACCAUCCUCCAACACUCUUGGGGAUACCAUCCACCAAGAGAAACCACCCCCAUCCCACCCUGUCUCGCUCCAUCGAGCGCCUGAGAAGCCCACAACAACCACUAAAAGACCCAAUGCCUCUUUACCUUCCCCAAACAUGGACGCGUCCGGAUCCGCUAACAAGCUCGAACCCGCUUCGAAUAAGCUCAGGAAGAUCGCUGACAUCAAGCCAACGAUUCCUCAAGGUCCAGCACCAAAGAUGGCAGCUUCAACACCGGCUGUUUUGAGCACUCGUAACACCGACAAAGCUCAAACAGCAAGCGCUUCACUCAGAUCGAUGAAAUUCAAGAAGAAAACGCCUCAUGGGACUGAGAAACCCAAGGAUACGGCGGGACCAGGAGCAUCGAGACUUGUGAAUGCAUCAGCUAGUCAAAACAAAGAUGGCCCGGUUAUCAAGAAGGAACUCGAAACUGGAAACGAUCAGCAAGCUGCUAGUCAGAACCAACACAAGCCUUAUAUUGUCAAGACGGAGCCAGACAUGGAAGACAGUAAAGAAUGGUUUCAGGCGGGAAGCAAGCACCCGAUCACGUCUGCUCCCGUAGUUGGAGCCAACAGGGCUGGGGAUGAAGCGGCUGCGACCCCGUCAAACAAAAGAUGUCGUGAGACGGAUUCUGCGGAAAAGCGUCUAUUACCUGAUUCUGGCGCUCGAACGGCUCUAGCGGGACCGGGCAUUGGAAGUUCGACUAGAAGUAUCUGGCCAAGUGUCCAAGAACCUACAAGCGAUUCGGACAAGUUGUUUUCUCGAUUCUUUGAGGACAAGGUCAGGACCUUAAGCUCUCCUCUCCCGUUGACGAUCUUCAAUCCGAAGUGGCAAAGGGCGGCUCUAUCUUACGAAGCCAGACAGCGCGCUGAAGGCGAAGCGAGUUCUGAAAAUGAUGAUGAUGGUGAUCAUGAAGGCUUGUUUUAUUACGGCUAUCCGUACCCUGACGAGAUCCUCCAAGACUUCAAAUCGUGGACGUUGAAUCAUAGGAACUUCCAUGCGACUUUAAGAGAUGUGUACCAGUUCGAGAUCUUUGCGGAGUGGAUGUUGAAGCAUAAAGCCAAUGCCGACAGGAUCCUGGACGUCCAUGGGUUCAUGGUUGCGCUUCGAUACGACAUCCAAGUCCGAGCGAAUGCGUUUGCGUUCAGAGUGAUCUCAGAGCAGGGAGACGAAUCGGUUUCGGACGUGUCCAUCUUGCGGAAAGAUAUCGAACAAGAAGCCUAUUCUAAAUCGCGUCACUUGAACGAACUUGGAUACGAAGAUAAUCCGUACUUGCUCGGAGGCGCUCGACAUGCUUAUCAUCCCCAGUCGGGCAAACGCGAUCGUCCCGCUAACCAACUCAUCGAUUCUUCGCCAAUCGUCUCUAAUUAUGACUUCAAAAAUCGAUAUCUCAAUCGUGCUAAUAGUCAUGAUCGAUUCGCUAGGAAUCCGAGAUAUUUCGGCAAUUCUUAUAUCCCUAACUUUGUCUAUGACAAGAAUAAGAACAUCAAUAUUAAUGGUAGAAGGGCUAGCGGGUCAGGUAGUAAUUCUUAAGCAGUUUUUUUUUAUUUACGUUCUGGUUUUUUUUGUUUUAAAAAAAUAUAUAUAGAAGUUCUAUUUUCUUCGAUUUCUCUUAACUCUUUGUGUUUUGCGCAAGUUGUUGUCUUCGUCCUACGGCCCACUUUUUUUUUUCUCCUUAUCAUUUCAACAUGUAGCUUUAGGGCCUCUA